UCAUUGCAGCCCGUGACAUUCAUUCAAAACAUUCUAUCAAUUGGCGUCAGUAUCUACGUAUUUUUGAUACGCAUCGCAUCUAGAUAUUCAUGCAUCAUGACAAUUUGACAUAUGUGAUUUGACAUAUAUGUGUGAAAAAAAUCAAGAAAUAUUUACGCACGAUGUCGUCGGCUCGACAAAAGUAUCUAGCUGCAAAGCUGAACGUGUGUGACAUCCAGUGUAUAUACGUACGCACACGUAUACAUAUACGUGUGCUCUCGACUACGCUCGUAGCGGCAGACGGAGAAAAGUAUCGCGGCUAGCCGGCGAGAAUGUGAGUGCCGCGACGCGAGCGCGAGAUUUUAUUUGGGGUCCCGGAUGUUUUUUCGUCAUCGGAGCAGUCCACGAUGAACCUCACCGCGGGUAAUCCGCACGGCAACGGCCUGCUCUACGCCGGCUUCAAUCAGGACCAAGGAUGCUUUGCUUGUGGUAUGGAGAAUGGAUUCAGAGUAUACAAUUGUGAUCCAUUAAAGGAGAAAGAGAGGCAUGAUUUCAGCGACGGAGGCCUGGGAUAUGUAGAGAUGCUUUUCAGAUGUAAUUAUUUAGCAUUAGUUGGCGGUGGAGCAAAGCCAAUGUAUCCAACAAAUAAAGUUAUGAUAUGGGAUGAUAUAAAAAAAUUGCCAGCAAUUACUUUAGAAUUUAAUGCAUCUGUAAAAGGAGUCAAGCUGCGAAGGGACAGGAUAGUAGUAAUAUUAGAAGGUGUUAUAAAAGUUUACACAUUUACACAAAAUCCCCAGCAGCUGCACGUGUUUGAAACUAAUCCUAAUCCACGAGGAUUGUGCGUUUUAUGUCCGAAUAGUAACAACUCCUUGCUCGCCUUUCCUGGACGAAAGAACGGUCAUGUUCAAGUUAUAGAUCUGGCUAAUACUGAGAAGCAACCCUUAAAUAUAGAAGCACAUGAAACGCCUUUAUCUUGCAUAGCUUUAAACUUGCAAGGCACUAGAUUGGCCACUGCCUCUGAGAAGGGCACUCUGAUAAGAGUAUUUGAUACACAAAACGGUAACAUGAUUAACGAAUUAAGAAGAGGAGCAAAUCAUGCAAAUAUUUAUUGCAUAAAUUUCAAUCAUGAUUCUACGUGGUUGUGCGUUGCCAGUGAUCACGGAACCGUACACGUAUUCGCCGUCGAAGAUCAAAAACUGAAUCGCCAAUCUAGUUUAGCAUCUGCCACGUUUCUGCCAAAGUACUUUAGCUCAAGUUGGAGUUUUUGCAAGUUUCAAGUGCCGGGCGGUCCCCAGUGCAUGUGCGCGUUUGGUCAAGAUAAUAAUAGCAUCAUAGUGAUAUGCGCGGACGGUAGUUAUUACAAGUUCGUAUUCAACAACAAGGGUGAAUGUACGAGAGAUUUUUACGCACAGUUUCUCGAAUUGACCGAUGACAAAGCGUGAUUGGAGGUCGAUCAUGGCGGUGAACUCCUAAUCGUACGACGAGAGACGAUUAUCGUCGUGUUCCUUCAUUGUUUUCAUUUAUAUCGGCUGAUAAAAAUGGGCAAAUGUGGCGGAGAUACAUUGCACUCAUUGAGAUUGCAAUAUGUGGGCUGUUCAUAGAAAAAAUAACAUCCAUAUCGGAUGUUACGAUAGAGGACCAAAUAAAGAGUUCUAAUUAAUUGUUGGUGAUACCGUUCGUUGAUGUCUUGUGCGCGAUUUUUCGAAAAAGAAAAAGUGAAAAAAAAAAUAACAAAAAUUAUCGAUGGGAACGUCGCAAAACGCGUUAACGAAGAUUGUGUCAUUAACCUGUUACAUGAGCCUAUUUCACCCUGACGCCUAUUAUUAGAAGAGCAGAAGUUUUUAAAUAUUUAAAAGGAAAAAAAACAGAAGGAAUACCCCAGGAUAUAACACACAGGGGACACCGCAAGUUACUUGUUGACGUGAUACUCACAUUUUUUCUUACAGUUUAGAUAAGAAUGCUGCUGCAACUAUAGCGAAUGUUGGCCAUAAAUAUCAUUGUGGCAAAAAGUAAAUAAUCAUUUUCUGUAGCUAUGCGGUAAAAGCUUUGCAAUGCAAUCAUGUACCCUUAUCGAUCUUGUGUUUUUGUAGUUCUACAAAUUUUUUCGUUAUAUAUAAAUACGUUAUAUAUAAAAGUGAUAUACAUCUUUAUUCCCUUUAACAAUUUUAAACAAAUUAUUGUUGUGUUCUCCAAUUAUAGAAUUGUAAGUAUUGUGUUCUCCAAUUAUAGAAUUGUAAUUCGAGAUCGACUCUUAUAAUUGGGGCAUUUGUUUAUCAUUGAGAAAUAUUUAGUUCUAUUAUAUAAUUUUUAGUUCUAUAAAUUUUGCCAGUAGUUUGUCUGGACGAAAAAAAUAAGAAUAAUGAGAGAGCAAAAUAGCACAUUUUUAUAAAAUCGUCUAUUUAGCUAUUGGCGUGAGAUAAAAAUUUUAACUUGUUUACUCGAGAAAUUGAGAAGACAGGGAAUAAAUUACGAUCUCGUAAUUGAAAGAAAAAUUAAUUUUAUAAUCGAAAGAUAUUGUUUUUGGUGAUUAAAUGAAUAUGUCUUUGUUUUAUAGCCGAAUCAUAUCAUAUACACGUUAUACAUAUAUGUAUCGUACUGGAAUGUAUUGUAAUUUUUAUUUUCCGUUUUUCCAUACAUUUAAUAUACAUAUACACAAGAAGUGACCCUACAAACUUUAUAUCACACGGAUAUUACCGCAAAUAACAAAGUUGUAAUUUCACAAAGAAGUUGGGUUUAAAUAUGAAAUAAAAUAAUAAUUAUAUAUAUACCACGA